AUGCGUCUGGCCUAUUUCAUCCCCGAAGAGGUUCGCAACUCGGAAUACCUUGCCUACAUGAUGUGGGUUGUUCAAGGCCGUCGCGAUGCCGAAUUUCCACCCGCCUCUCACAAGCUCCAUGUCGGCAUUGCUUGCGAUAGAAAACAGUCGUGCGAUUACCUGCCCGAGGAGCUCACCACCGCCAAAUGCUGUACCCAGUGCGGUGCGUCGUCUGCCUCAUUGCGAUGCAGCAGAUGCUUGAUCACAGAGAACGGCCAUCCUGUCAUUGUAACCUCCUAUUGCAACGCCGACUGCCAAAAGGCGCAUUGUAGUUCCCACAGGAAGGUGUACAAGCCCUUGCAGCGCCUCAAUCGCGCCGUCCACCUUGCACGGGAUCUCUUCGCAGCCGCCGCUGAAGUGACUAUCCUGGACACCCCCACGCCUCGAAUCCUGCUUCCGUGGGAAUUUGCCGUCACAUCGUUUGACCGAAGUCACUUCGAAGACCAUAACCACGCCAUGGCCGUUCUUCACGACCUGGGCGAGGAACGCUCUUUCAAUGCUGCGGCAGGACUGGCUAUCCUCAACGCCUUCAUCACACCACUAUGCGACGGGAUUCAGGAGAUUUACGUUCUCCCCAAGAACGCGUUGUUCGGCUAUGAGAAGGAAACUUGCAGCGAGCGAGAAGUUGCGGGGCAAUUCAACAUGUUGAAACAUCAUGGUCUUUUUGUUGCCUCGCUGGGUUCGCAACUGAAAGUCGCCAUCGACUUCGCGGGAGAACAGUUCGGCUGGCAGGAGCCAAUGGUGUCAUGGAACCACUUCGUGCAGCAUCGUUGCGAGAGGAUCAUCGACGUGGCCGAUAAAACUGGAGGACUCAGCCGAGUUGUCAUGAAGGAGUACGCCUCGGAUCAGCCUUUGUAUGCUGCCCUCAAGAUACGCCAAAGCGUCACGACCGCGAUGAUGAACGCGAUUUUGACCUGGAUGAAGUCUCGUAACGUGUCGUUGCAGGAUCUCCUAAGCAAGCCAGACGAUGCAUUCGACGAACUGCGAACGACAAUACUGUCCAAGGCCAAGGAAGAGUGCAACGCAGAGGUUGCGCGGCUCCGGGACAGGGGACUGUACAGACACUAUGGGGGUCCUCGCGUUGGCAAGCGCAUGACAUUGACAAAGGAGAGUGCCAACAGGAUGAAGAAGGUCUGGCUGACGGAUGACGAGAUGAAGCUCUUCGAUGGCGAGUCAGCCGAGGAUAGACUGAUGUACCUGGCGUGGCUGUACGAGAAUAAGGCCAAUAAGCAAGGUGUCAAGAUAUAG